UAAUUAAAAAUGGCUCUCCUCGAAGUUUUUAUGGUUCUUUUAAACUCGUUCAUCGCAAUUUUCGUCGCAAUCAUAGUUUAUUACAAAAACUGUUACAACUUUUGGAAGAACAAAAAAAUUCCUUAUCUCACCCCAAAAAUUCCUUUGGGAAACUCUCAAAAUCCGUUUUUCAGGAAAUCUUCGAGUUACGAACAAUUAAAAUUGAUUUACGACCGGAUGAGAAGCGAAAACGUUAAUCAUUGCGGAAUUUAUGAUUUUACAACUCCGAUUUAUUUCCCCAUCGAUUUGGGGGUAAUCAAAAACGUUUUUGGGGAACAAAUUCUUUUUAAUAAAAAUUAUUUCCGAUUUAAUUUCGAGGAUGACUCAAAAAUCGAACGAUUAUUCGAAACGAUCUUAAAAUGUUCCCAACAAAUGGUCGAUGGGCUAAAAAAGUUCGAAAAUAAAUCCCAACCGAUCGAUAUCGAUGAAGUUUUGAGGUGUUUUAUGGUGGAUGUGAUUAAAAAUUGCGGAUUUGGGGUUAAAUCGAACGGAUUUUUAGACGAUUAUUUAAGAUUCACCCCGUAUAAAAAAUUCGGGGUGAUUAAAAAGAACCCCAUUUUUGAGAUUAUCUCAAAAAAAUUAAAAAUGUUGGAAAAAAACGAUUUCUUUUUUGAGAUUGUUAAGGAGAGUGUUAAAUUCCGAGAAGAAAAUCGGUUAAAAAAGUCGGAUUUUUUACAAAUUUUAAUCGACGAAAAUUGGGAAAUCUACAAAGAAGUCGAUUAUGAGGAAAAAAUCGCUUUAAAAGCUUUGGAUUUUUUUUCGACUUCGUUUAAAACGGCGAUAAACGUUUUAACUUUUUCACUUUACGAGUUGGCGAAAAAUCUUGACGUUCAAGAUAAAUUAAGAUUGGAAAUUUUGAAGUUUAAUCAAUUCGAUUACGAAAAAAUCAAAAAAUUUGAAUAUAUGAACCAAGUUAUUGAAGAGACUUUACGAAAAUACCCCCUCGUUCCAAUAAUAAAUAAAUCGUUUAAUAAAUCGUAUCGAUUACCGGGGAGUGAUUCGACGUUAGAAAAGGGUACAAAAAUUCAAAUUGCAACUUUUGCAAUUCAAAGGGAUCCAAAUUUUUUUCCAAAACCGGAUUAUUUCAUCCCAGAACGAUUUUCAAACGAGAAUAAAACCAAAAUCGAUCCGUUGAGUUAUUUACCUUUCGGUUUGGAGCCGAAAUCUUCGAUUGGAGUCAAAUUUGGAUUAUUACAGACUAAGAUUGCUUUAACGAUGUUGUUAAAGGAUUACAAAGUUAGUUUGAAUUUUAAUACGAAAGAUCCGUUAAAGUUUGAUAAGAAUAACUCGUUGUUAGUGGCGAACGAUAAGAUUUGGUUGGAUGUUAAUAAAGUUAAUUAA